CAAAGUGUCGAUGUCAAACUCGUUAAAGCAAGCCGAGAGGCGGGUACUCUACAGCAUGAAUAUGAGGUCCUUCAGCAGCUUGGCGGUGUCAACGGAGUACCUCGCGCCCACUGGUUUGGACCAGAGUAUCCUUAUGAUGCUCUCGUCCUCGACCCACUUGGACCAACCUUGGAGGAUGUGUUUGCCGCCAGUGGGCGGAAACUUUCGCUGGGAACAAUAGUUGACAUUGCACGGCGACUGAUCACCUGUUUGGAGGACGUUCACUUGCACCAGUAUCUUCAUCGCAACAUAUCCCCUUCAAGUAUCUUCCUUGGAGAUCAGCAGUCUGGCAAUAUCUAUCUGUCAGAAUUCAUGCUUGCGCACAGAUUUCGAGAUACCUUCAUGCACCGCCAUCUUUCAAUCCCUUCCUCUGAAACCCUGACAUACUCUGCAGACUUCGCGUCGAUCGACUGUCAUCUUGGGGCUCCCGUAGGCCGUUGUGAUGAUCUGGAGUCGCUAGCUUAUGUCUUCCUCUACCUGUCGACAGGUUCUCUGCCGUGGCGACACCCAAACCAAACCAACGAUGUCAUUCUUCACGGCAAGCAGGCCACCUUAGCAAACAUGAACGAUUCCCUCCAGUCAUCGCCUACUGAGUUUUUGAAUAUACUCUCAUACGCCCGUUCCCUCUCAUUUACCGACAAACCUGACUAUCCCUAUAUACACUCACUUUUACAUGACCUAGACUCGAGGUUGACCAGCGAGGAAACUGCCCCAUUCAAU